GCCAAAAACCAAAACAAAACAAGCAAUAUUGUAACAAAUUCAAUAAAGACUUUAAAAGUGGUCCACAUCAAAGAAAAAAAAAAAAAGACCCCAUACGUGUUCUGGGGGCUCCUGUCGACACAGACUCCUGCACGUGGCCGUCACGGUGUUCCCUGCCCGGCAAGUGACAGCCAUAUGGCAUGUGAAUGAGGAGGCCGGGGAAGGGUGGGGAAGGAGGGCGCCUCACUCCUGCUCAUCGACCAGUUCAGCUGCUGGGGCAAAAGGUGGAAUUUUUUCUGAAAUCAACAGGGUGAUGUCAUGUUGGGGAAAGUGUUUCCCAGGUGGCUGGCAAGAGGCGUGUGUCUGUGGUCGCGUCUGUCCCACCUCCUGGACACACCUCUGCUGGCUGAGGGUGACACAACCCUGUUCCCUGUCACUCUGUUCCCGCUUAUCUCUCCCGCCUUUUCGGCGCCACCACCUUCUUGGAAAUGAGUUGGGCCAAAGGGGAGGGGGCUUAGCAUCCCCGCCCCCCCUCCCCCAGGAGGCCCCAUAAAAGCAACUGUAACUGGGCUCCCAGACACCAGAGCAAGUCCUAGACGUAACAGAAGGACAGCCAGACGGACGGCACAAUGGCACUGAACGCGCAGAUCCGGGCCACCUGCCUCCUGCUUCUCCUGGUCAGCCUGACCAGUGGCUUCGUUCUCCCACCCCAGACAAGACAGCUCGCAGACCUCCAGACCCAGGACACAGCAGGAGCUGCAGCUGGCUUGACGCCCGUGCUCCAGAGGCUGAGACGAGACACCCACAUCCCCAUCUGCAUGUUCUGCUGCGGCUGCUGUUUUAAAGCAACAUGUGGGUUAUGCUGCAGAACAUAGAGCAGCCCCUGCUGCCCUGCCCCCAGUCCCUUAUUUAUUCCUGCUACCCUCCAACCCUCAGUGAACGGUCUUGGAAUAAAAUGUCCGGUUCUAGCUCUUAUUUUCCAAACCAGAGUCCAUUGUCUUUUCUCCCUGCCAAAGGCCUAUGCCAGAGGCUCGUUGUGGCCCCUGUCUUGGGAGGGCCAGUUCUCGGUGGGGUGUGCGGGGUUGGUGUGUACUGGGGCUUGCAAGGAAGCUUGUUGAGGGAUAGUUGGUUUCUGUUCUUCCCAUCU